AUGGCUCUGUUUUUGACAAAAGUGACGAAGGCAUUUGUGAGCACAGUGAUUGGCGGCGGGCGUCGCUUUGCAGGAAGUGCGACGUACUUUACCCAGAACUUUUCCAGCUUUGGGGGAUGUGAGCUGCAUCAUUUGUCGUUGUCUACGUCAUUGAUCUUCAGCGGAACGAAGAUUCGAAACUCACUAUUUACUGAUGCCAGUUUGGGGCUUUGUGAUUACGACUUGUUCGUGAAGGCGAAGAAGGAAAAACUUCAGUAUUCCAAAGAGGAAUUUUGGCGCCGCAUGGACAGCUAUUUCGAAAAACAUACCAGUUUGUUCGUGUACACGGACGACUUGAAAAUGGCUAUCGCAUUGGCUGAUUGCGACGAAGAUUUUCAGCGUGUCAUCAAACUGUGUCUUCGGUAUGAGGAGCAGUCGGUAAAGAUGAAAUUGUUCGUCUACAACUUUGGACCUCUUGUGAUGAGAAUGUUUUACCGCUGUUGGAAACCGAAUUUGGCAUACGACAUGAUAAGGAACGAGGCCUUCAAGGGGUUCUUCCGUACAAUGGAUUCAUAUAUGAUUUGUAUGGACCUACUUUUCGAGAGUCAAAGGUAUGAACAGGUGCAGGACGUUUGGGAAACGUAUACCAAAGCAGACAUUGCAGCGACGUACUCGUUCCCGCGGAGCCUGCAAGUUCUGUAUACGGCUGCGUGCUACAAACUGAACUCCAAAGACUCGUGCCAGGCAGGUCUGCAGUACAUCAGCGACUGUGUCGCAGCGAACGUACUAGUGGUACGAAAAGCGAUCUAUUUUAUGGUAGCACUCUGCCUCCAGCAGAACAAGCCACAGAUGGCACUGGAGUUGCUGGAUUUUCAGACGAUCAGUGAUGACUUCACGACCAGCUAUACUCUGAGGUGUCUGGCGUUGGUGCGCCUGGGUCGAUUCACUGAAGCCGUGGAACUGGUGGAGCAGCUACUGGCGACCCACGACCUCCCGUCGUCGUCGAAGAACAUGCACAAGAUCUCGUUCGAGGUCAUCGAGGAGCUAAGAACGGCUUUGCAUCGGGAGAACGUAGACCAGACGCUGCGGGAGAAGUUACAGAGGCUUACGUCGUUCUUGAAAUUGGGCAUCCAUAUGGUCGGCGUAUCCGUCGAUCAGCUUGUCUGCUUCCCGGUGCUGCAAAUAAAGCCGAGGAAAGGUCCUGCUCAUGCAUACGACGACGAAAUUUCCACGCCUCCGUUAAGCGAUGUAUCUCGCCUAGUGAUUCAAGAUUCGACAAUGGAUAAAGUCAGAAGCAGGAAGGGCGAAGUAAGACCAUCUGAAAGGUACGGCACAGAUCCCACCGGCUUAUUAUUGGACGAGGUACAGGCUCUUAGAAAGAAAUGGACUACCGAGAAGGUAACUCAUGCCGUUGCGGACAGAAUACGACGCGAAGGCCCGUUUGAAACCUGA